AAAAAAAAUCGUUCUUCUAUCAUGGCCCCAUCACUGACCGAAGCGGCCGCCCAUGUCGUUCCUAUUCCCACGAAGGCAUCGCAAAGAGAGCCUGUCCAAGCGACCGGCGCACUCGACGCCUACGACUCCUUCGACGUGACUCCCAUCAUCGGUCGCGAGUUCAGCAAUGCGAGCCUGAAAGAGUGGCUGCGUGCCCCCAACUCUGAUGAUCUCUUGCGAGACCUCGCCCUCACCGUCUCCCAGCGCGGCGUGGUCUUCUUCCGCAAACAAGACGACCUCGACAACGACCUCCAAAAGGAACUCGUGCAGCGCCUGGGCCAACUAUCUGGCAAGCCCUCCACCUCGGGCCUGCACGUCCACCCGAUCAUCAACGCAGACCGGGAACACGGCGACAAGGACAACGAGAUCAGCGUGAUCAGCUCACGGGCGCGGCAGAAGCUCUUCAAGGGGUUCGAGAAGCGCCAGAGCAACAAGCGCGAGUGGCACAGUGAUAUCACCUUCGAGCCGAUUCCCAGCGACUAUACGAUCUUGCGGCUGACGGAGUUGCCGACGACGGGCGGGGACACCCUGUGGGCCUCCGGCUACGAGCUGUACGACCGCAUUUCCGAGCCCUACCAGAGGUUCCUCGAGGGACUCACAGCCACCUACGCGCAACCCGGAUUCAACGAGAUCGCCAAGAACAACGGGUUCGAUGUGUUCGUCGGUCCGCGGGGCGCCCCCGAGAACGUCGGCGAGGUCCUGCAAGCCACCCACCCGGUGAUCCGCACCAACCCAGUGACGGGAUGGAAGAGUGUCUUUGCCGUGGGUCACCAUGUGCAAAAGAUAGAUGGGCUGACCGAGGAGGAGAGUCGCCAUCUGCUGGACUGGUUUGUGCAGUUGAUUGUCGAGAACCAUGACCUCCAGGUUCGGUUGCGGUGGCAGAAUCCGAAUGAUUUGGGUAAGUUGCUGCCCUCGGAUCCUUUCUUUGAUGUGUAAAGUAGGGAAGUGGCUAACGAGAUUCACAUGCACAGCCAUCUGGGACAAUCGCAGUGUGUACCAUGCGGCUACCCCAGACCAUGAGGAUUUUGGCCCGCGCACUGGGCAGCGCGUGGUGGGGUUGGGUGAGAAGCCUUAUUUGGAUCCGAGCAGUACCGGAAGACGUGAGGCUUUGGCGAAGACUGCAUGAAUUUCGAGGCUAUGGUUUGGUUGGUGGGUGAAUGCUAUGGGCGAUGUUGCCGAGGCUAACGAAUGCCCUUGUGUUUAGUUGACUAAGUACUUAGCAUCUGCGGGCUGUCAAAGCCAUGGCGCAAGACUAAUCCAGAAUAUUUUG